AAUUUGUGAAUCGUCUGUAUUUUAAGCGUGUUAAAAUCCUUGUGUUUCUAUCAGGAUUUCAAAUAAGAUGGUUAUGAUUAUACAGAUAGAAUAAAAAGAGUCCAAGUAGAAGACUUAUUUCAGUGAAGGGUACUCCUAACGCAAAAAUUCUUCCAAAAUGGUACGGAGAAGAACAACAGAAACCGACACAUUGGUUUAAAUAUGUUUUGGUUCAUUUUACUCGUUGGGGUAUUAGUGUACCAUUCAACGGAUUCGACGUCAUUAUUUGGCCUUAGAGUGGAUGGAAAGUCUAAUAAUUGUUCUUGUUGUUCCUGUUGGAAUGCAGACUUCAGCUGUACCGAUAAUGCAGUGGUUGUUAAUGUUACCUUAGAAAACUGUCAUAUUAUCCCAAAUCGAUUCCAUCUCGACAUACUUUGGUAUCGGAGCAAUAUGGUUUCAAAUGCAACAGUAGAUGUAUUAGAUGUCGACGAGCACAAGACGAGUGCGUCAAUCAAAAGAAAUUGGAUCAUGUUCAAUGUGCGAAUAAUAAGUGUUGAAGUUAUGAUAACACCAAUGAAAUGUACAGAACAACCAUACUGUCAGUGUAGACCUGUUCAAAGUGGGGCUAUAUGCAAGACAACAAGGCAUGUUUUACCAGAAUUGCAAGACAAGACAACUGAAGAGUUGAAUCCUAUUACAGACCAAACUAAUGAGAUUCUUUUAGAGAAAAACUAUAUAAUAUUGGCAGCUGUUAUUGUUUGUGCUGCGGUGUGUGUAUUGCUUGUAUCAGUAAUGUACAGAAGAAAUGAAAUGAACAGACCAGUCCGUCGCCAAGCCACUCUUAACAACAGAAUUCUUAUUGAAGGUGAAACAGUUGUUUUACAAUCUACAGUAACUACUAUUUAACCAACACGAACAAAUUCAAAUUUCGAAAGGAUAUAGUUAUACACUAUGCAUUGACUGAGUACAUGUUUGUAAUAAAUGAUGUGUAUCAAUCGAGAUAGCAAGGAAUGACAACCACUUGAACAUAUGUACUGCAAAAUAGUUCACCACCUAAAACGUUCCAACAACGUUCGGGAAGCUAUAUAAUUGUAGUUCUUUAAACUUACAGAAGCAAUAGCUAUAUAAGCGUUAUUCAUCAAUACUGUCCAACAAAAUUCAAGAAGUGAUAUCUAUACAAGUGUUGUUCCUUAAUACGUUUCAACAACACUUCAGACGCUGUAGCUAAACAAGUACUGGAAACGCCUGUAACAAGAUUGGAACAUGACAGUUGUUUUCUAUUCGUUGAUAUGUUUGAGAGUUUGAUUUUGCCAUUUGAUACGGGACUUUCUGGUUUAAAUAUUCCUUAGAGAUCGAUAUUUUGGGUUUUUUAUUUUCUCCUGAAAAGGCUCCACAUCUUUCCAGAUUCUAUAGCUACAUAGUUAAGUGGUGAUCCUUAAAAUAUGUCCGUUAAUUCUAAGUAUUUCAUCAGAUUUAGAUUUUCUAUACUCCAAAUCAUGUUCUUCUCAAUUUUUAUCAUGGAGGAAGUUGUCUUUUCUACUAUAAUGACGUAGUAUAAUGGUUCAUCGUGUU